UUGUAAGGCCAGACGCAAUCCGAAGAAGAAAUCUAAGAACAAACUUGAAAAGGCAUCUCUGCCUACCUGUCCGACGAACCGGACCAUGUACGAGAGGGGGCCAGCAAUAGAGUCAACGACAGGAAGGCGGGAGUCCCACUCCCGCUCCCUUGGCGCCUGACGGUGCAGGCGUGCAGCCGGCCACGUAUCCGCACCACAGCCGCGGGUUCGUCGUCUCAGGGAAGAUGAGGGGUAGAGGCAGCCACAAGGAGGAGAAGAAGAAGAAUGGUGUAAUCAAUGACCAUCGACUAUCUUGGUUGUUUCACGAUCUUUCCUGAAGAGGGGCGUGUGCGAGAAGAGAAAGAGAGAGAGAGAAAUACAGGAGUACAAAGCACGCGGUGUCUUCGUCGAGUCCUGUACUUUAUCUCGUAGUGAAUCAUGGUCGACGCGAGUUCUGCUGCUGUUAUCUUGAAGGAUUUGGAAGAAUUCGACGCCGUGGAGGAAUUUCAAUUGGGUGAUCAUGGGCAGCAGAGCAUGUCGCCGGAGCUGUUUCGCCUGGUGUUCGAUCUGGUGCACAAGGGGAAUCGAGCUUUCCGUGAGGGCAGGUUUAAAGAGGCGAUCAAUUUUUACUCCAAGGCGCGGCUCUCGGAAGAAUGCGAAACGAUCGUGCUCAGCAAUCGGAGCGCUGCCUUUUGUAGCUAUAGCAAGCAACUGAGAAGUCGAUCUGCGUCAUUAUCAGAGUACCAAGCUAUAGAUGGUCUGGAUCCAACAACUUAUGCUGAACUGGCCCUGAAGGAUGCUGAGAAAGUAAUGAAUGUUCAGCCAAACUCAACUAAAGUCUAUUAUCUCAGAGCCAAAGCUCUCAUCUUGCUGGAGCAAUAUGAUGCAGCAAGGGAAACCCUUGUUGUUGGCCUGCAGAUUGAUCCCCUCAGCAUUCCACUUCAAAGGUCAAUUCAGAAUUUGGAUAAGAUUACAGCUGGUUCCGAAAGGAGGAUGAGAUGUUCCAAAUUGCAGCGAACUGAUGACUUUGACUGUACAUUGUGCUUCAAACUUCUAUAUGAUCCUGUGACUACUCCAUGUGGACAUUCAUUCUGCCGUCCUUGCCUUCUACAAUCAAUGGAUCAUGGCAAUAAAUGCCCCAUGUGCCGUACUGUUCUAUUCAUCAGUGCUAAGGCAUAUCCAGUGAGUGUGACUCUGAAGAACAUAAUACAAAAAAAUUUUGCUGAUGAGUAUGCUGAGAGGAAGUCUGAGCUUGACAGUUUGGUGGACAUGGGUAACGAUGUGAUGCCUCUCUUUGUCAUGGAUGUGGUGAUUCCUGGUCAAAAGAUAUCCUUGAACAUAUUUGAACCACGUUAUCGACUUAUGGUGAGAAGAAUAAUGGAAGGAAAUAGACGGAUGGGAAUGGUUGGUUUUGACCCUUCGACAGGUUCCAUGGCAGACCUUGCCUGUGAAGUGGAAAUAACAGAAUGUGAGCCACUUCCAGACGGACGGUUUUAUUUGGUGGUUGAAGGUCGAAGAAGAUUUCAAAUAUGUCGUGUUUGGGAUCAGGAUGGGUAUCGAGUUGCAGAAGUUGAAUGGAUUCAAGACAUUUGUCCAUCAGAAACAGCAGAAGCAAGGGCAGAUUUAGACCAACUUGUUAAUGGUGCAACAGAGUUGGUUCGCAAUUGGGUUGUUGCAGCUAGGCAAGUUCCCCAUUCAGAUCAUCGGGAAGCCAGAGAAUCGCUUUUGCAAGCUGAAGCAGUUCCUACACAACAGGAUCCUGAGAGAUUUAGUUUCUGGCUCGUUAACCUAUUGAGAUUGAGGACUUCGGAUAGAUUGGAAUUUCUUCGAUUGAGAGAUACACGGGAGAGGAUAUCGCGUGCACUCGUACGUAUGAAAACUGAAGAACGUGGUUGCCGUGUCCAGUAAGGAGAAAACGUGUAUCCAUAAACUCCUAUGCUCCAUUUACUAUUAGAUCAAUUAUAUUCUCCCUCCCAAGAAAAAAGAGACAAAAAUAAACACCCUGCGGCUGUGCCCUUGCCAUGCUAUUUCCUGCAAAUGAAUAUUCUUAGAACUUUGCGCCUGUGUGUGUAUUGGUUUUGAACUAAACUGAAUAAGUUCAUUAUAUAAUAAUAAAUGAACAAUAAUAACAUUA